CUGCCACUUUAUUUCCUAGUGAGAGAGAUUCAAAGAGGGAAGUGACAAUGUGGAUGGCUUUAGCUACCACCAUUUUCACAACCAUGUUAGCCGUCGCUUCAUUGGCAGCGUCUACCGUGACCUUCGUUUUCGGUGACUCCUUGACAGAAGUAGGGAACAACAACUAUCUGUCGUAUUCUCUUGCAAAAUCAAAUUAUCCUUGGUAUGGUGUCGAUUAUGCCGGUGGUCGAGCUACUGGGAGGUUCACUAAUGGAAGAACCAUUGGCGACAUAAUAUCCAAAAAGCUUGGGAUUCCAUCACCACCACCUUAUCUAUCCUUGGCACAGAAUGAUGAUGCACUGCUUAAAGGGGUUAAUUAUGCAUCUGGUGGAGCAGGAAUACUCAAUGACACUGGGCUCUAUUUUAUUCAGAGAAUGUCGUUUGAUGAUCAAAUACAAAAAUUCAACAAGACAAAGGAAGCCAUCAAGGCUAAAAUUGGGGCAGAGGCUGCAGCCAAGCUUUGCAGUGAAGCCAUCUACUUCAUUGGAAUUGGCAGCAAUGAUUAUGUCAACAAUUACCUGCAACCCUUUUUAGCUGAUAGUCAGCAGUACACUUACGAUGAAUUUGUGGAAUUAUUGAUCGGCACCUUAGAGGGACAACUUAAGAGGCUCUACCAACUGGGUGCCCGAAAGAUGAUGUUCCAUGGUCUCGGGCCACUUGGCUGCAUUCCUUCUCAGAGGGUGAAAUCAAAGACAGGCCAGUGCUUGAAAAGAGUGAACGAGUGGGUGCUAGAAUUCAACUCCAAAGUACAAAAGCUCAUUGCCUCUCUUAACAGGCAACUCCCACAGGCAAAUCUCUCAUUUGCAGACACGUAUGGAGACGUCUACGACUUAAUCCAAAACCCUACCGCUUAUGGGUUUAAGGUUUCGAACACUUCGUGUUGCAAUGUGGACACAAGCAUUGGGGGGCUAUGCUUGCCUAAUUCAAAGCUAUGCCCCAACCGGAAAGACUACGUAUUCUGGGAUGCAUUCCACCCAUCCGACGCAGCCAAUGAGGUUCUCGCAGACAAACUCUUCUCGAGGCUAUUUUCCGCGAUUCCUCCUAGUGCACCAACACCAACACCUUCACCCUCACCCUAGUUGGCAUCUCUGGCGAUGAUAAUUGAAGCAUAUAUAGUAGAGACCCAUUGAGGCAACAAUGCAAGCAAAGUUCUAUAAGACGUGAGCCGCGAGUAAGAGCCUGGUGACUAGGUAUCCAAACGGGGCCUAGGUGUUUUUUAAUUUAAAUUAAAUUUAUUACAUAACAUAUAAAUACAUAUUUACUUAUAAUUAAAACAAAUACAUAAAUUGUAAAAUAAAAUGAUCUAUAAAUUAUAAAGUAAUAUAACAUAUUAAUGAGUGUUUAUCCAAAUACGCAACAAAUUUUAGCAAUUUUUUUUUUGUGUGCAAGUCGAGACCGAAGCGGUCUAAGUGGGCACAUAGGCAUAUGUAUGUGUUAUUAAUUAUUUUUUAAAUGCCUAAGAAUUAAUCGUGAUGAUCCCAAAGGCCUAGCACUUAGGCGGGGCAUUUUAGAACACUGAAUGCAAGGGAUUAGUAAUCAAGAUUCAAGAUAUUAAACCGUCAUAGAAUGACGACUGUUUCUGUCUGCAAAAACCAGAUAAAUGUAUUUUUUUCAUCGCACCUUCUUACAAAGUAUUCGCACUUCAUCUGAAUUUGUUAAAUUGACAGCAUCUAAUUUGGAUUGUAAUCAAACGUAAACAGCGUUUUUAGCCUUGCUAAAGAACAAACUACCUGAGUUGAAUAUCUUAUUAUCAAUUUCCUUUCAAAGGAAAGAAUUUGCAAACAUAUUUA